AUGGCUCAGGACAACGCCGCCUUCUGCGGGGUCCCCGAGGGGGUCCCCACGGGGGUCCCCGCCGAGGCCAAACCCCCUCCCCCUCCCCCCCAAGCCCCCAAACGCCGCCCCUGGGGGGCCGGGGGGGGCGCGGCGACCCGGAAGCGCCAGCGCUACGUGGAGAAGGACGGCAAGUGCAACGUUCAGCACGGCAACGUGCGCGAGACCUACCGCUACCUGACCGACAUCUUCACCACCCUGGUGGACCUCAAGUGGCGCUUCAGCCUCCUCAUCUUCAUCCUGGCCUACGCCCUCACCUGGCUCUUCUUCGGCCUCAUCUGGUGGGUCAUCGCCUACAGCCGCGGCGAUCUGGAGCACCUGGGCGACCACAGCUGGACGCCGUGCGUCAACAACCUCAACGGCUUCGUGUCCGCCUUCCUCUUCUCCAUCGAGACCGAGACCACAAUCGGCUACGGCCACCGCGUCAUCACGGACACGUGCCCCGAGGGCAUCGUGCUGCUGCUGCUGCAGGCCAUCCUGGGCUCCAUGGUCAACGCCUUCAUGGUGGGCUGCAUGUUCGUGAAGAUCUCGCAGCCCAACAAGCGCGCCGAGACGCUGGUGUUCUCCUCGCACGCCGUGGUGUCGCUGCGCGAUGACCGCCUCUGCCUCAUGUUCCGCGUGGGCGACCUGCGCGACUCGCACAUCGUCGAGGCCUCCAUCCGUGCCAAGCUCAUCCAGUCCAAGCAGACGCAGGAGGGCGAGUUCAUCCCGCUGGACCAGACCGACCUGAGCGUGGGCUUCGAGACGGGCGAUGAUCGGCUCUUCCUGGUGUCGCCGCUCAUCAUCAGCCACGAGAUCGACGAGCGCAGCCCCUUCUGGGACGUGUCGCGGGGGCAGCUGGAGAGGGACGACUUCGAGAUCGUCGUCAUCCUCGAGGGCAUGGUGGAGGCCACAGGGAUGACGUGCCAGGCACGCAGCUCGUACCUGGCCGAUGAGGUGCUGUGGGGUCACCGCUUCACGCCGCUGCUCAGCCUCGAGGAAGGUUUCUACGAGGUGGACUACGGGGGCUUCCACCACACCGUGCCCGUGCCCACCCCGGCCUGCAGCGCUCGCCAGCUGGCGGCCGCCGCUGCCCGCCGCGAUGCCCACCUGUACUGGUCCAUCCCCAGCCGCCUGGAUGAGGCGGCGGCAGCGGGGGGCGAGGGGGACCCCGAAAUGUCCCCCUGUGAGAGCAAUGGGACCUUGGCCAGCCCCGAGUCGCGGUGA